AUGACAGUUCGAAACACCUUGGUCGGAAAGAGUGCAGGCCAAUAUGAAUUGGUCUACAAUGUUCCAAUCCCAGAUCCAGGCCCCGAUCAGGUAGUUUGCAAAGUUGCCGCUAUUGCAUUGAAUCCUACCGACUGGAAGAUGGUAGAUUUCUCCGUUGUGCCUGGCGCAGUCGGUGGGCAUGAUUUUGCGGGAGAAGUAAUUGAAGUUGGAACUUCAGUUACGAGACUGAAAAAAGGCGAUCGUGUCUUUGGGCUAGCGAUAGGCUUUGAUGUAGACGACAAGCGGACCGGGGCAUUCACAGACUAUGCCAUCACUUAUGCUCACGGCGCCUGGAAGAUUCCUGACUGGAUGUCCUACGAUGAGGCAGCAACAUAUGGCGUUGGUAUAGGCACAGCAACUUUGGCCCUCUAUCAAACUCUCAAUUUGCCGCCACCAGUUUUAAGCAAUGACAUUGCGACAACAAAGAAGAAGCCCAAGAAGCCGCUAUAUGUGUUGAUUGCCGGUGGAGCAACCGCAACUGGCACGAUUGCAAUACAACUAGUAAAAGCUUCUGGUCUCGUUGCGAUUGCCACCUGCUCUGCCCAGCAUAAAGAUAUGCUCAUGCCGUUGGGUGCCGACGCGACAUUCGACUACAACUCUCCCCACUGCGCUAUCGAGAUUCGCAAAUACACCAACGAUACCCUCCAAUAUGCGCUGGACUGUGUCACAGAAGCGGGCACAAUGAAGAUGUGCUACGACGCGAUUGGUUCCGCCGGCGGUCGCUACGUUGGGCUUGAGCCACUUGCUACGCACAUUCAAUACACGCGGCGGACAGUUCGUGCUGAUUGGGUAAUUGGAAGAACUCUCUCCGGUUUGCCUGUACGACUAGAUGGAGUUUAUGGGAGACCAGCGAGACCGCAGGAUCGCCAGUUUGCGGAACACUUUUUUCCUAUAGCCGAAAAGUUGAUUGCAGAUGGUCAGCUAAAACCACAUCCUGUGGAGCUACGUACGGGAGGGCUAGAAGCACUUGUUGAAGGUAUUGAUGAUUUACGAAAAGGCAGAGUUCGGGGCAGGAAACUAGUUUACCCACUGGCAUGA